UGAAUCACAUGUAAAGGGGGCAGUGUUUAGUCUUCAGCGACUCACUUCCAUCCUGACUGGGUGGAACUGCUCUGAACACUAACUGCCUGAUUUCCUGCAACAAUCAAUCCCACUGUUUCUAAUUGGACGUGGUAGCGCCCCCUCCUCCUCUUCCUCUGCUCUCCGGUUUAUUGUCACUGACAUUCGGAUUAUUCCUCACAGCAGCAGCAGCCCGCUCCUCCUCCUCGUCUCCUCCUCCGUCCGACAAUGCGGGCACAAACUAAGGAUUUAUAAUUUCUCCUUCGUUUCCUCCUCGUUUGCACGGUCUUCCAGGAAUGCCACGCCCACAGAUCUGAGCAGCAGAAACCGGAGUAAGGAUAGAUCCCACCCCGACGCCAGCUCCGCCCGUACAGCCCCUCCGUCCGACCCCAAACCUCGACCUCCCCUUCCCCCUCUCGCAGCUCCAGGGCUCUCUGAGGGUUCCUUUCUGGGUUCUCCAAAGGGUUCUCUGUGGUGUUCUGUAGAGCUCCAUACGCCUCGGGGCCUCAGACCUUCAUGCGUCUCCCAGCAGCAGAGUCCACCCACACCUUCACCCACCACACCACCACCUCCUCUACCAUGAGCUGUGAACAGGAGUUUGGAGACGGCGCCAUGGGAGUCACGCUCACACUGCGCCUCCUCAUGCAUGGAAAGGAAGUAGGAAGCAUCAUCGGAAAGAAAGGAGAAACAGUGAAGAGAAUACGAGAAGAGAGCAGCGCAAGGAUCAACAUCUCAGAGGGUUCCUGUCCAGAGAGGAUCAUCACCAUCACAGGGCCGACAGACUGUGUGUUCAGGGCCUUCACCAUGAUCACGUUCAAACUGGAGGAGGACCUGACGGCCUUGGUAGCCAACGGCACGGUGACCAGCAAGCCUCCCGUCACUUUACGGUUGGUCAUCCCAGCGAGCCAGUGCGGUUCCCUCAUCGGCAAAGGCGGGUCUAAGAUCAAGGAGAUCAGAGAGACGACAGGUGCGCAGGUUCAGGUGGCAGGUGACCUCCUCCCCAACUCCACAGAGAGAGAAGUGACGAUAUCAGGGAGCCAGGACGCCAUCAUCCAGUGUGUUAAACUCAUCUGCACUGUAAUCCUCGAGUCUCCACCAAAAGGAGCGACUAUUCCAUACCGACCCAGCCCGACUCCGGGAACUGUACUGCUGGCAGGAAACCAGGUGUUCGAGGCUUCAGACUUUGGCUCUCACCCCCUGUUCUCAGUGGCACAGGGAGGAGUGGACCUGCAGCAAACGUAUGCAGUACAGAGCCACUACGGCAUUCCUCACUCAGAGUUAGCAAAGCUGCACCAGCUGUCGAUGCAGCAGCAAGGCCUGGCCCCCAUCAGCCAGUCAGCUACACAAGUACUGCCUGGAGGGAUGGAGGCUAAUUCCCAAACCACGUCUCAGGAGCUGCUCAUUCCCAACGAUCUGAUUGGCUCAAUCAUCGGCCGCCAGGGCACCAAGAUAAACGAGAUCCGGCAGGUAUCGGGGGCUCAGAUCAAGAUCGGCAGUCAGAUCGACAGCACCAGCGACCGCCACGUCACCAUCAGCGGCACGCCGAUCGCCAUCAACCUGGCUCAGUAUUUAAUCACUUCAUGUUUAGAGACCGCCAAAUCCACCGCCCAGUCCUCCUCCAUGCCGUCUCCCGUUGAUCUGACCAUGAGCUUCACCCAGCCCUCCCCCCCUGUCUCCGCCUCGUCCUCCUCCUCCUCCCCCCUGGCAGCGAUGGGCGCCGCACUGCCCCAUGCUCAAAUCCUGGGCGCUCCCUACGCCUUCCCCCUCUCCAGCCUCCUGGGAGUGAAAUCCAUCCCCUACCUGGCACUCUCCACCCCUCCCGCCUCAGCAGCGGCAGCAGCGGCGGCGGCCGCAGCGGCCAUCGGGGCUCCAGUGCUACCAGCCUCAGUGCAGACGGCAGCGGCGACGGCAGCCGUUCCGGUUCAAGCUCACGCAGCGGCGGCCCUGGCGUCCUACACAGCCAAGAUCUCGUCCUCAACCAAUGGAAUGAAGAAGCCGGAGAGACAGAAGUUUGCGCCGUACUAAACAAAGAGGUAGCUCCUGGCCGGGUUUAGACGUUAAGGGCCGUUUUUGGUUUUUCUUUUAGCACAUUACUCAUUGACUUGUUUGCCUCUCCACCUCUUCCUCUUCUUCUUCUUCUUUUUUUUCCUGACUGCCUAAAAGAAUCAAAGUGGGAUCGUUGGAACAUGAAUGAUGUUGAAUCAUCCAUGGAAGGCGUGCACGGCAGCAAACAAGCUUUUCUCUUUGGCUGCGGGGUUAGUGACGUCAAAAGUUUAAAGCUUGCAGUUUAGCUAACCGUGACUCUGCGCUGUGGUCAUAACCAAACCCUAAAUCAGGGGUACAGCAGGUUCGAGUCUUGGACAAGUUCUUGUUCCAUCACGUCUUCACAUUGCGAGCAGUUCAAAGUGUUUAGUCGGUGCCGGGUCUUUUAUUUUGGACCCAGCUCUUUACCGGCUGUCCUGUGUCCGACUUCCUGCCCUCCUCAUAUGCUUUCUGCAGCUUGAUGUGGCUUCUGUCAAGAAAUAAAAAGACCUGGUGCUAUUCUGAGUGAUGUGGAGCAGAGACCUGCUUCUCGGACACUUGUGAAACACUCCACGGUGGAUUUACUGGGAUUGCAAUCAUUGUCCUGAGUGACCGCAAGUAGCUCUGGUUGCUACCCUGGUAUUGGAACAUUGUGCAACCAGGUUGGGUGUAUUCCCAGGAUAAACCGAUUUGACAAAGUCUUGGAAAUCAAGGGGAAAAAUAACAAUUUUAACACAAGUUUCCUCAAACAGUGUUUCUGGGUUAAAAUCAUUCUGCUGUUUGUGUGGAUCAGCAGCUAUAGACCAAAUAAACAGACCAGUGUAAAGUUAGCUGCAUAACCAAGAACCACGACUGAGGGUCUUAUUUACCGUCAUGAAAGGAUCGGGAGGACGACGGUCUCUCAGCAGAUUUCGCCCAGUUUCCCCAAAGCACUGACGACUUGCAUGUCAGACAGCAUGUUUGUGCAAUUAGACCAAAACCCACUGCCAAACAUGAUGUAUGUGUAAGUUUGCAACCAGUGUCAUGCUACCAAGGUGACAAUGCACCAACAAGAUCACUUUUACAAAUAUAACUGAGCACUAUUGCAAAGGCUAACUCAACUACACCUCGAGCUAAUAGGAAAAAUCCCCAAAACAGAGCUGCACGUUCUCUGUAAAUUCAAAAGUUUCUUAUUGAAUCAUAAACGCUGAAUAAUUAACUCAGAACCUGCUGAGGGACUCUGACAGACUGCAGCGGCUCCAGUCACGGCUUUCAGAAAUCAAAUAAAGGAGGAUUUCUGAUUUUCAUGCAGAUAUCCGUCUCAACUCCACAGAGUGGGAAAUAAAUUAAAGAAAAACAAAUACAGGAUGACGAAUAACACUCUUCACCUUGCUUCUUUAACCUUUUUAUAUACCCAACAGCUUUUUCUUUCUUUGAGUAGCACUUUUAAAAACAAAGUUUCAGAACCUUUGAACACCUCAAAGCGAGGCAUGUAGGACCAGAAUGAAAAACACCAAAAGCAAAAUAGGACAAUCCUGUACAACAGCUCUCUAAGGCUGAUGGCUCACCACGUACAAACGACUCAGGGUCAAUGGCUCCUCAAUACUUCACCUGUCACUCAAACACAGACACAGCUGGAAAAAGUUCAGGAAAAUAAUUUUGCUAUACAGUCAGACAAACCUAUGGAUGCUUUAAUGUCUCUGUCCCAGCCCGGAUCCCGGACAAGCCCCCAAAUGUUAGUUUUCCCAGUGGAAGGAGGAGAGUUGUUAUUUUAAUUGAAAACCAAGCAAAGAUGAGAGAACAGUGCAAACUUUAAAUGUAUCCACUGAUUGUUUGUGGGCACCACUGCAGAAGCAGAACUUUUACUUCAGAUACUUUGGAUGUGAUAAUACUUUAUGGAUUUUGAAAGCGAGACUCUUACUUGGCUUGUCGUUAUUCCACAUCCGACCACAUAAAAACAGCUUUAAGGAUGAUCCAGUCUGCUCCUUGAUGUGGAAGUGUUCUUCUUGUUGUUAAAUAAUUUGAGACAUUAACAGAAAUUCAUCUAUUUGUCUGAUUUUUAAAAUUAAAAGUCAGGAUCAGCAGGUCUGAGUCAUCAUUUUCCAACAAUCCCACUUCUAAAAGUCCACCCCGACUUUAUUUUUCCUCGUGUCUUUUUGCAGCUCGGCCCUUUUCCGAGUUCAGAGGGUUGGUGGGUGUUUGCAGCCGCUGAUAUUUAAGGUAAUUUGGGCCACAAAGCCUGUAAAAGCCAUAGAGACUAUUCUGCUUUCCCCUCCUAGUCUGUGUCCUGCUCUUUUUGUCCCCUGCUCUUCGUCCUAUUGUAUACUCGCAUAUUUAUUAACUAUUGUGGAAUAUUCCCUCAGAGUUUAUAAUCACUGGUCACUAACACUGAGCUGAAAACUCUGCUUUUGUAUACGAUGAUGUCGACUUGUAAAUGACUAUUUUGCGUUUGCUUCCUGUCUGGUUUUUCCUUCAGUAUUUGUUGUGUAGUUUUUUUAAAGACAUACAACAGAUUUAAAAGGGUUCUUUUUUU